UUCGCGCCUUGGUGCGACGCGGCCAGAGCCUUACACGAUAGUAGUCAGGAGAUAUCAUGUCAGACUACAGGUGCGGCUGAAAAUCACAGAUGGUUUUCAUCCUCGCCAAGCAUGGUCAGACGCCGUGAUAUUCUGAGUCUCAUUUCCCAUCCUUAAGUCCAUCUGGCGUGGACGGUGCUGGCAAGAUGAUUCCGGAAUGGGUGCCAGACGCACCUGGGACGAUAAAUCCUGCCAAGCUCGUCGUGAGAGCAGCACCUCUGCCCUCGGCGCUGCCAACACCUCCACCAACUCCAGGUAUAUCCACAAGUUCGACUGUAGGCACUGAUGGCUCAUGUCCAACAACACCUCAUGAGACCGAUGUGGGAGACACAAAGCGGUUGGAUGCCGUUUCCCGCCAUACCGCGCUCUGUCAAGCACGGUUGCCACGGAUAUCAUCAGAGAUCGACUCCGGUUCGACGGCAUUCAGUGCUCCCCUUUCAUCCUGCCGUGAUGGGCAUGGGCACGACUCACGGCUCGAGUUUGAAGCAUUCUGUGGUCGGAAACCAUCUAAAGUGCCCGCACGACUGAGUCUACGAAAACAGCGGCUGGCGAGGCACACCGACUACUUCAUGUCGCAGAUGCUGCACAUCAAGAAGCUCUCUCUUCUUGUGGAUCCUGCCGCUGGGUCUGAAUCGAAUGUUGUGGUGGAGAAGUCGACGCACUCAAUAUGGGACGCGUAUUUGCUGCGAGCAGAUGUGCCCAGAAAUGUGAAUCUGUUCAGACGGCAGCAGAUUAUCUACAACAAGGUCUUGGAGCGGUACAUACUUUUGGUACGAGAUGGGUGUGUUGGUCAGCUCGGCCACGUCAGCACGAGCAGUCGCGAGGUCCUGUCCGCGCCCUCACUCAGACCUGUGACGACUCGCUUCAAAGCACUCUUCAAGCUUGCAACGGGCAAAGUCUGGGAGCAGCGCUAUUCGGAACAAAAGUUCCGGCGGCGCACUGAGCAGUACGAGUUUGUCGAGCUGGAUUACGUUUCCUCGAGACGGGCAAGCCCACCUGAGCUGCCCGAUUAUACCUGGCUCAACUUGACGAUCGUGGACGAGGUCAGAACCAUGAUGGACCUCAUCCUCCACGGGGCGUCCGCGGAGGCAUCGAAGCAGUCGCAGGAUUCGGAACAGAGGAGGUCAUGGUCGUCAUAUACCGCACCAUACCAGGAGCUCAGUCAAUAUACCAUGUUCCUGGGCUUCAGAAUACUCAAGCUCAUUGGGGAUGUCCUGGAGGCCACUGACGGGUCCGUCAAAUGGAAAACUAUGCAGCGGCUCACAUCACGCUACAGAAGCCAAAUCCCGCACUGCCGGGGAUCGGCACAUUACACACCAGUGAUAUCCAGCUACCAGGCCCUCCUUCUCGAACUGCGGCUGCUUUCGUCAUUGUGGCCAGAGCAACAGGAGAUAUCCCGCGCCUUGAACAGCGUGUGCACUCGCGCGACGAUGCACUGGCACACACACGGCGUGCUGGCCCAGCCGCUAUAUCAGGCGUACAGCUCGCUAAGACAUGGCUUUAGACGCCUGACGGAUCGGUCUUCGCUCGAGUAUCGCGAGCUUUGUCAAUAUCUGCAUGGCUCCAACCACCCAGUGCACCGUACGUAUUUCGAGGUCAUGGACAUAUACCGAGUCUUCAUCAAGUCGGGGCUACCCAACGCCUACCAAGAAUGGAUCGACAGCAAGACCCCAACCUCGGACACGAAUACAGUAUCGACAAGCGGAUCCUCACUGAAUUCUGAUCCUCAAACCAGCUCCAGAGACGCAGAAGACCGUCGACUCCUCUGGCACGGCACCCCGCUCGACUCACUCCUUGGCAUCCUGGAUCUGGGCUUGCAGAUCCGCCGCCGCGGCGCAAGCUUCACGGGCACAAUGUUCGGCAAUGGUAUAUAUCUCGCUGACUCGUCGAGCAAGUCUGCCGGUUUCUGCAGACAUCACGAGAAUGCCAAUCGGGCAUCGAUUUCCGGUGGUCAACGGUCUCCUCGGACGGGCGGCGCAGGGCUCUCGCAAAGGACGAUGAGUUUCGGUCGCGCUGGGAAGUCGGAGAGCGCAGAGGCUGUGCUGCUACUAUGCGAGGCCGACGUGGGAAGGAACAGACUGCUGAGCCAGCAUAGCAUACCGCAGGGUCACAAUGUCGUCGAGGCGACUUAUGGGCGGCGGCGCUGUAUUCAGGGGCUCGGGCAGAACGGCCCUCCCGCGUGGAAAGGGGUCAGGUGGAACAUUGAGUCUGCUCCGUCGGCGAAGCCUGGAGCAGUGCUAAUGGUGAGUCGAUUGUUUAGCGAUGAGUGACGAAUCAGUUGCGGGACGCGUGACCCUUGACGAGUGAAGAGGCCAUAUAAAUCGGGUGCGACCAAGUUCUUCGCACUCCAUAGCCCCCCUUUCGGGUUUUGCUUUCUUGA